CUCUUCGCAUCCUCCAGUUUUCUCGUUUAAAGCCUCUCGGUCUUGUGGAGAGUUCCAGAAACCCCCCAAUCCCCGCUCUCUCUCUCUCUUUCUCUCUCUCUCUCUCUCUGUUGGAUCGCUCUGAAGAUUGCCGUUACCUUGCUGGCGAGACCAACCUUGAGUUGUAUAUCGGUUGAUUUUUUGCGAAGAUGAGCGUAGUUGGUUUUGAUCUUGGCAAUGAGAGCUGCAUUGUGGCUGUCGCAAGGCAGAGAGGGAUUGAUGUUGUGCUCAACGAUGAGUCCAAGCGUGAGACCCCCGCCAUUGUGUGUUUUGGUGACAAGCAGCGGUUUAUUGGAACAGCGGGGGCUGCUUCAACUAUGAUGAACCCAAAAAAUGCAAUCUCCCAAAUAAAGCGGUUGAUUGGUCGGCAGUUCAAUGAUCCCGAAUUGCAGAGGGAUCUCAAAACUUUUCCUUUCACUGUGAGUGAAGGGCCUGAUGGGUAUCCUUUGAUUCAUGCACGGUAUCUGGGAGAAGUAAGGACAUUUACACCGACCCAAGUUUUGGGAAUGGUGCUGUCAAAUCUGAAAGGCAUAGCAGAAAAGAAUUUGAAUGCAGCAGUUGUUGAUUGCUGCAUUGGGAUUCCUGUUUACUUCACUGAUCUUCAAAGGAGGGCUGUUUUGGAUGCAGCCACAAUUGCGGGCUUGCACCCACUUCGCUUGCUUCAUGAAACUACCGCAACAGCCUUGGCUUAUGGUAUUUAUAAGACAGAUUUACCCGAAAAUGAUCAGUUGAAUGUUGCUUUUGUUGAUAUUGGACAUGCAAGCAUGCAAGUUUGUAUUGCUGGCUUUAAAAAGGGCCAGCUGAAAAUAUUAGCUCAUUCAUUUGAUCGAUCUCUGGGUGGUAGAGAUUUUGAUGAAGUGCUAUUCCAGCACUUCGCUGCAAAAUUCAAAGAAGAGUACAAGAUUGAUGUUUUCCAGAAUGCGAGGGCUUGCCUUAGGCUUCGGGCUGGCUGUGAGAAGCUGAAGAAGAUGCUUAGUGCAAAUCCUGAGGCACCUUUGAAUAUAGAGUGCUUAAUGGACGAGAAGGAUGUCAGAGGCUUCAUUAAGCGGGACGAGUUUGAACAGAUCAGCAUUCCCAUUUUGGAGCGGGUCAAGAGACCUUUGGAGAAGGCUCUUGCAGAAGCCGGUCUCACUAUAGAAAAUGUUCACAUGGUUGAGGUGGUUGGUUCUGGCUCUCGUGUUCCUGCUAUAAUCAGGAUAUUGACGGAGUUCUUCAAAAAGGAACCUAGGCGCACGAUGAAUGCGAGUGAGUGUGUUGCCAGGGGUUGUGCUUUGGAAUGUGCCAUUCUUAGUCCGACAUUUAAAGUACGAGAGUUUCAGGUCAACGAGAGCUUCCCAUUCUCAAUUGCUUUGUCAUGGAAAGGUGCUGCUCUAGAUAAUCAGAAUGGGGCAGCAGACAAUCAACAAAUUACUAUUGUUUUCCCCAAGGGAAAUCCAAUUCCAAGUGUGAAGGCUCUGACAUACUACAGAUCUGGCACCUUUUCUGUGGAUGUACAAUAUGCCGAUGUCAGCGAAUUGCAAGCACCUGCAAAGAUCAGUACAUAUACGAUUGGUCCUUUCCAAUCUACAAAAGCUGAGCGUGCAAAACUUAAGGUGAAAGUCCGCCUGAACCUGCAUGGAAUUGUCUCUGUUGAGUCAGCAACUCUAUUGGAAGAAGAAGAAGUUGAAGUUCCAGUCUCAAAAGAGCCAGCAAAAGAAGAUGCUAAGAUGGAUACUGAUGAAGCUCCCAAUGAUGCUGCUCCAGCAAGCUCCAAUGAGGCUGAUGUAAAUAUGCAAGAUGCGAAGGGUACUGCUGAUGGUUCUGGGGCUGAAAAUGGUGUUCCAGACUCGGGAGACAAGCCUGCGCAGAUGGAAACCGACGUUAAGGUUGAGGCUCCAAAGAGGAAGGUAAAGAAAACUAACAUCUCUGUAGCAGAGUUGGUUUAUGGAGGAAUGAUUCCAGUCGAUCUGCAAAAGGCAGUAGAGAAGGAGUUUGAAAUGGCUUUGCAAGAUCGAGUAAUGGAAGAAACCAAGGACAGGAAAAAUGCUGUUGAAGCCUAUGUCUAUGACAUGAGAAACAAGCUUAGUGACAAAUAUCAGGAAUUUGUCACUGAUUCAGAGAGGGAGGUGUUUAUUUCUAUACUUCAGGAGGUAGAAGAUUGGUUGUAUGAAGAUGGUGAGGAUGAAACCAAAGGCGUUUACAUUGCCAAGCUCGAGGAGCUCAAGAAGCAAGGUGAUCCCAUUGAGGAGCGCUACAAAGAGUAUGUAAACAGGGGAGCUGUAAUUGAUCAACUGGUGCGUUGUCUUAAUAGCUAUAGAGAAGCAGCAGUGUCGAAUGAUCCCAGAUUGGAUCACAUUGACAUCUCUGAGAAACAGAAGGUCCUAAAUGAAUGCGUGGAGGCAGAAGGAUGGUUAAGAGAGAAAAAGCAGCAGCAGGACUCGCUGCCUAAAUAUGCUACUCCAGUUCUCUCAUCUGUUGAAGUACUAAAGAAGGCUCACACACUUGAUGGGUUUUGUAAACCGAUAAUGAUGAAACCAAGGCCGGCACCAGCCAAGCCAGCUACUCCUGAGGCACCACCAACCCCACCUCCUGAGGCCGGUGAGCAGCAACCUCAGGGUGGUGAUGCCAAUGCAGAUGCCAAUGCAAACGCCUAUGAGAGAGCAGCAGAUGGCAGUGGUGAGGUACCGCCUGCUUCUGAAGAACCAAUGGACACAGAGACCUCGACAACUUCUACCUAGUUCUGUGAAGUGGUUCACCUCCUUUAAUGUUUUAUUCAAAUACAGAAUUUGGCAUGUAUAAGAACUUUUCCCGUUUGAGUCUAGGAUACGAAUGCGGUGGUGAGCCUCUCACGAGGCUUGUGGAAUGUUUGUCAAUGUUUUUUGGAGUCUAAAGCCUUUUCUGCUGUGGGUGAUCUGCCAAAUUUUAUAGUUAAUUAGGGUGGAUCUCCAGGAAUCGGUUUUUUUAUUUUUUUUAGGAGGAUUUCAAAAGAAAUGGUACUGUUUAUGGCCUCCCCGACCCUUGUAGGGGAAGAGAACAGAGAUGCAUUUAAGAGGGUCUUUCAAGUGUCAUUGUUCUUUAUGUUAGUGUUAUUAAUUUCUGGAUUCUUUUC